AUGCCGGUCUCACUCGUCGAUGGAUCCGUCGUCGGCGAUGGUAGUCAGAUCGGCAUGUUUCCCGUUCUGGCGGACCAGCGUCUCGACAAGCCUGCCACCCUACUCCGCUCCUCCGCCAACCCUCGCAUGGAUCUCGUCCUGCUCAUCGUGAAGGAUGCAGCCGCACAGUCCACUCCUGCUGCCGCUGCACCUCCAGGUAUGUCGGCUGCACAAUUCGCGCUCGUACAGCGCAUGUUAGCGGCACGUCAGCGUGGUGCACAAGCAGGCGGUGCACAGGGCCAACCCGAGCCAAAGCGUGGCCCGCAGAUCCAUCUCGUUCUCUGGCGCAUGGGCGACGACAGCAGUGUUGUAUGGUCUUCAUCGCUCACUUUUGAUAAGCUUAUGGACUUGGCUCCCGACUUGCCUGGCGCUUCGCAACAAGAACACGAGGAUGUCCACCUUCACGAUGUCGCGUGGAGCCCUAAGGGCGAUCGUAUCGCCGCGCUAGCAAGCGUCAAGAGGUCACCCGUAACCUCUACGUCCACAGCCACCUCUCGAAUCACAACUUUUCUCAGAACCUAUUCGGUCCAAGACGGUCGCCUGCUCUCCACCAUCCCCGUUCGCUCCGACAAUGGCACCCUCAGCAAUCAAGCUGACCACGACUUCGCAGAAUCAAAGAGUCUAAGCUGGCUCGAUGUCGACUUUGGUUUGGCAAACGAUGUUAUCGACGGCAGUAGCGAAUCUCUUCUCGCAAAAUUGCCGCCUCUUCCUCUCCUGCCUGCAGCAGACACUUUUGCCUCUGCCGGAGGUUCAGGCAACCUGAUGCCCCACCAGCUCAGAAUGAUGCAGAUGAGCGGUCAAAAGCCUCCACCCAGCUUCCAAUAUCCUUCUCACAUCGCAUUGCAAGGUAGGGGACCUCUGGAACGCAUCCCUCGACUAGCGAAGGCAGAUGCUGAUUUGCGCUUGGUGGAAGGAGGCGAGAUGUCGCUUGCUCUCGACUCGGAUCUUGCGUGGCCAUUGUCGCCCGAGACAGUCGUCCUUGUCUCUAGUCCCAAUAGCGCGUCAACCAACUUGAUCCUGGAUGGUCAGAUCGAGAUUGGCUCGCUACAGCUUUCGCAGAUCGUCAAGCAAGAGCAGAAAACCGGCUCACUCGCAUCCUCGUCCUGCGCGGUCUUGCUGUCCCGCGACAUGAUGCGGGCCACGGCGAUGUCAACAACUUCCGACUCGGGCAUUUCUCAUCAUCAGCUUGAAUUACCUCUGCCAGUGACCUCAACUUAUGGACCUCUCGACGCACGUCGUAAGCUCUCCGCCGUCAGCCGCGCAAGUCACCUACUCCGUUUCUAUCUCGGAUACGCGCUUGAUACCGCCUCCGCCUUGCAGCAAGUCUACCAGAAGGAGUUUGUGCAAAAGGUUACGAGCGAAUGGACAAAGAACAUCGACGACCUCAGCAUCAAGUUUGGCGGCGACAUGAAGUACGAGCUCAUCAAUGUCCUCCUCACCGGCCGUGCCGGUCCUGCAGCAGAACAGUUCUUGCUCGGUAACCUCACAGAAGGUGUGCUGACUCGGCUAGAGCAGCAAACUCUCACGGCGACAUACACGCUCAAGAAGCUCAUCUCUGAAAGUCUCAAGCCGGCCUUGGAACGCUGCAUUGUUUGUCUUACGUGCCUUGUGGGUCAAGCUCAGUUUUUCGGUGAAAGCGAAGAAGAGUUGACGCAAGCGCUCGACUUCCUGCAACUUUCCUUGGAUUCCACCUUGAGUCUGGCGGAAGACGUAGACCUCGAAGCGCUCAUAUCGCAAGAGUUCUACAGGUGGUGCAGGACCGAAAGAGAAAGGCAGGAGAGGAUCAAGCAGGAUCAAGACGAGCCUAGGCUGCCAAUCACCUACGAUGUUCACUACGUGGCCGGCUAUAUCGACAGAGGCUUCGAGAACGAGGACUUACAGGCGAGGCUCGGCAACGACGUCUCGUCUGACGCAUUUCAUCACGGUUUCGCGCCGCAACGAAGCACAGGUACGUUGCAGGAUACUCUGAAGGAAGCAAUGGCAUUUCUGGCAGCACCCCGUGUCAGGAAUCUGAAAGCAAAAUCACAGCACGAGCUCUCGGAUAAGGACAAGAAGGCAGCGCUCGCUAUCGUCCCGACAUUGAUCAAGGCUAUCGAGAUCCUUGGUGGUCGAGUGACACAACUUCUGCGCGCGAAUCUGGAUCAGGCAACCGUCGAGCGAACAGGGUCGUGCCCAGCGGCAAGACAAGGUUGGAGUAUGGCAUUCGAACCAGCUCCCGCGCUUUCAAUCUCCUCUACUGCAAAUAUCGAGGCGCUCACAAGCCGCACUUGCACCUCUGUCGUGCAUGACGAGAUGAUGUUGUCUGCCCACAUCCUUCGGUCUGACUCGGAACAGUCCUCCCCUCGCGAACCCAUCCUCGUUGUUCGCCAGAGCCUUGCAUCUGACUGCGAUGCCACAGUCUACGCACAACUUUCCGUCUCCAGCGCAGAAGAGAUCUCUAUCCUCGACAUCGGAUUCUACGGCGACGCAGAGCUACUUGUCCUCGCAACAUUGCCUUCUCCUUCGGUAGGGGUUCUGCUCGCGUUCGACCUAGCCGAUCUCCCCUUCACCAAUGAUCGUAGUGGUCCGAUCGCAACCGUCACCCCGGCUCGAGCCACCGAGUUUGAGAGCGACUUCAAGCCAGGCAGGCUCGCCGUCAACACGAACAAGCAGACGGUAGCGGUGAUCGAAGAGGAGGCAAAGAGGAUCAUGUAUCUAGACAUAUCUGUCGUCGAGCUCGCCGAUAUGGCGAUGAACGAGGACGCAUGA